CCCAAAGACAGUUGGUCAAAAUGGCCUAAAUAUUUAUAAUUUGUAUAAAUAAAAUUUGUUUUUUGAAAACUUGGAAUAAUUGAACAUGUGACAACACGUAGAAAGCUUUUCAUAAUUGCUUAGGAUACAUUGAAAUAUCUCAUUUACCACAUAUAAGUAUUACCUGAAAAACGAGGUAAAGCUGAAGAUUCAUUUUCUUGCGAGAAUCAUAUAGCUAAGAAAUUUCCCAAGCUGCAGAUAGAGAUAGCUAAAUUUGAAAACCUAACAUUCAAUGUUUCUGUUGCAAUUAUCAACACAUUUUAUAAUGAUGAUCAGUUAUUAAGAAGUACACAUAGCUGUUAAAAGUGAGAAGUUAUCACCAAACUAUUGUUGCUAUACAAAAUUUUCAAAUUGACUGCAAAAAAAUUUUUGGAGAGAGAUAGAAAAAGCCAUGCUUAUGUUAUUUAGUUUGUUAUUAAUAACAUCCUCUGCCUUUAUAAAUGGAUUGACUAAUGAAAUUGAUGAACUUCCAAAACCUUGUCCGAGUGAAAUUUACUGUCAUGGCCGUUUACUUGAAACCGUCCAAAUGGCACGAAUUUUUAAUGACUCAAAGACGUUUGUUGAUAUGAAACUAAAAGAAUCACCAAGUUUGACACUCAAGAAAUUUGAUGAAUUCAUGGCAAAAUUUAUCGAUCGUGUACCAGAUCAAAACGAAAUUCAAUUAUGGGUCAAAGAAAAUUUUGAACCAGCAGGUUCCGAAUUCGAAGAUUGGGUUCCUGAAGACUAUUCAAAAUCUCCGGAGAUUCUUAACAAGAUAAAUGAUAAAUCUCUGCGAAGUUUCGCUGAAGACUUGAACAAAAUCUGGCUUGACCUUGGUCGCAAAAUGAAAAAGGAAGUUGCCGAUAAUCAGGCACUUUAUUCGAUUAUCUACGUUCAAAAUCCAGUCAUUGUUCCAGGAGGAAGGUUUCGAGAAUUUUAUUAUUGGGAUUCCUAUUGGAUAAUCCGAGGUCUUUUGCUUUCUGAAAUGGUGAACACGGCUCAAGGAAUGAUCAGAAAUUUCCUUUCAAUCAUUGAACGUUUCGGUUUCAUCCCAAAUGGUGGACGAAUCUACUAUUCAAUGCGUUCACAACCACCUUUAUUAGCACCAAUGAUCAAAACCUAUUUUGACCAUACAAAGGAUUACCAGCUCGCAAUAGCUUCAGUUGAUAUCCUUGCACGUGAGUUUGAAUAUUGGAUGCAAAAUCACACUGUCUUAGUAAAAGGACAUAGAAUGGCGAAAUAUGGCGACAAAUCAUCUGGUCCUAGACCAGAAUCAUUCCGUGAGGACAUUGAAACUGGAAAAGAUUUUCCUAACGAUACGGAAAGAGAAGCUCAUUACUCUGAACUAAAAGCAGCAGCUGAGAGUGGAAUGGAUUUUUCAAGUCGCUGGUUUAUUGAUAAAAAUGGAACAAAUAAUGGAGAUUUGAGAGAUCUUAAGACACGUUCAAUUAUCCCAGUUGAAUUGAAUGCUAUUUUGUUUUGGAAUGCUAAAAUUAUCUCAGAAUUUUAUGGCUACGCAAAUUUAUCUGAUAAGCAAGAAGAAUAUUAUCAAAUGUCUGAGAAGUUUUAUAAAGCUGUUGAAGAAGUUCUUUGGAAUGAAGAAGCUGGUGUAUGGCUCGACUAUGACUUGAUAAAUGAAAAGUCGCGAAAUUAUUUUGUUGCAACCAAUCUUUCACCUCUUUGGAUGCGUUGUUAUAACCCUUCUAAACGACAAUAUAUUUCAGACCGUGUCGUCAACUAUAUCAAUGAAAAUAAUCUUGAUUCCUUCCCUGGAGGUGUUCCAACAACAAUGAAUAACAGCGGUGAACAGUGGGACAAGCCUAAUGUAUGGGCUCCAUUUCAACACAUGUUGAUUGUGGGCCUUGAUAAUCUAGAAGACGAUAGGACGAAAAAAAUCGCUCAAGAAUGGGCGCAACGUUGGGUACUAAGCAAUUACAUAGCUUACAAAGAUACGGGGGCUAUGUAUGAAAAAUAUCUUGCUAACGAACUUGGAGGUCACGGUGGUGGCGGGGAAUACGAAGUGCAGAAAGGAUUUGGAUGGACAAAUGGAGUACUUUUUGAUCUCUUUGAUCGCUAUGGUGCAGUACUUUCGAGUUCAGGUGUGAAUCUGGAUCAAAAUUUUUAAUCAUUACCAUUACAUGUGUCUUUGAAUGGAGAAUACGUCUUAUGAUUCACUGGUUUCAUUUCAGUUAAGGUUUUCCGUUACGAAUGUUCUUUUAAUUUUGAGGUUCUUAAAAUCUGAAUCAGUUUAACUUUUUUGUUUUCUGAAAAUGAUUAAACUAAAUAUGUUUUUAUCUAGCUCAUUAAAAUACACCAAAUUUACUAUUAUUCUUUUCAAAUAGAUAAGAAAACCAACCCCAAAAUAUUUAUUUAAGAACAAAUUUUCUGGAAAACCCUAAUUUCGAUAUUUUUUUUAAUAAAUGGAAAAACACACAUUUUAACUGUUGUAAGAGUAAAGACAUAUAAAAUUGUUAUGAAAUGGAAAAGGAUAAGACUUGUGAAAGUUUAGUGAUAAGAUUUCGAAAAAAAAUAUUGGUGAUAAUUUUUUGACAUCUAAUUUUCAUUAAAUAGAAAAGAAAGUGAGCAAGGUGGUGAUUAGCAAAGGUAGUCAUUAUUGCACUUUAAUUCUGAGAAGAAUCUCUUGUUUAUUACUUUAAGAUAUAACAACUUUUGAUCAUAUAGCAUUACUGUUCACUUCAAUGCAUCGCACAAUUUGUCAUGAUCGAAGAUUCAUCAAGACUCUAAAUAUGUAUACGGAAUAAUCUUCUGUCGAUAAUAUGAUAGUUUCUUGAUUCAUAUGUUUAACAUAGAUUGGUAUAUCGAAAUAAAAACUUUAUGUUCAUUGUUAUCAUUAAAAACAAUUCAACAUUGACUUUCAUAUUUCUCAUUUGGCAUUGUGUACCAAUUAUGUUCCAUACCGAAUAGAAUGGUUAAAGAAAUAAAGUAUGUUUACAAAAUGGGUUUAAAAGUCAUCUAUUUAUACUAUGGAAUUAAUAUUCAAGUUUUAUUUGUUAUCUAGCUCAACUCAAAUCAAUUUUGACGAUAACAACAAUUGGAGUGUUGGCUUUGGCAACCACUUUUUCAUCAAAGAUGGCAGCAUGAAAACUAGGAAUAACUUUUAUUUUCAUUCUUAAUGAAAUAAAAAGUUUAAUUUUUAUAAUUCUUCAGUAUUCUUACAUUCUCAUUUUUAAAAAGCAGUAUUAGAGAAGCAUUUGAUUACUUUGUACUGAAAAAUAAAUAAAUAAAAGUUCUAUUGUCAAUAAGUUCAAUAACCUUCAUAGACGCUUCUUGGAAAAUUUUCCUAUUUUUACUAUUUCAACUUAUACA